AUGGUCAGAAAUGGCGGCCACACCGAAGCCCAGCUCAGCAGCGGCAGUGCGAACCGCAGGCCCCGCGAAGCCGCAGGCAGCUGCGGCGCAGCCAGCGACGGCUACAUAGGGGCGCGUGCGCUGACCAGGCUGAUCACCCAGGCCCGAGAUUGGCGCCAACUGCUGCAGCUCUGCGAUGCGCACGGCAGCGGGUUUGACCAGAUUCAUCUGUCAGCUGCCAUGGUGAGGCUGGCGGCGCUGUAUGGCAGAGGAAUGGAUGGCACGCGGCAGCAUUGCAGCAGCAGCGGCGGCGACGGUGCCGGAUGGGUGCGGGCGGCGGAGCAGGGCCUUGGGGAGUCGGCGGGCGACGCCCCGGCCACAGCGGGGCCCAGCAGCCUUGCGCUCGACCUGCUGCAGCGCGCCGAGGAGCGGGGCGGCGCGCUCACGCACCGGCAGUCGUCCAACAUUCUCUGGGCGGCCGCGCGGCUGGGUGUGGCGCCGGCGCCCCAGCGGCUAGCGCGCCUGAUGGCCUGCUGCUCGGGGCCGCGGGGGCUGUGGGGCUUCAGCCCCCAAGAGCUCUCCAACCUCGUGUAUGCCUUGGCGCUGCUGCGGCCGCACUACUUCGGCGGCAGUGAGGCGGCUGGGGCUUUGGCCUCAUCGGCGGCGGCACAAAGACACUCGUGCGGCGUCGCCGGCGGCUGGGGCGGCGGCAGCGGCGCGCAGCUGAGCAGCACCUUUAGCGGCGCCAUCACCACCAUCUACAGCAGAGGCGCCGCCCGUCAGCCCCCCUGGGAUGACAAGUUCCUGCUUGCACUUUUCGAGGCGGCCUCUGCGGCCCUGCCCCGCUGCAACGAGCGCGACCUCUCGCAGCUCGCCUACUCGCUCUCCCUCCUGCGCCCCUCGCCGCCGCGCGGCUGGCUGGCGGCGUGGGCGCGGCGCGCGGGGGCGCUGCUGCCGGAGAUGGGGCCGCAGGCGCUGGCUAACAGCGCGUACGGCGUCGCGAGGCUCGCGACGGCUGGCGGCGCGGACUGUAGCCACGGCGGCCCCAUCUUUGGCAGCAGCACCUCCGGCGGCUUUGGCACCUCCAACAGCAACAGCAGCCUGAUCGACACGCUCCCUGGCAGCGCGGCACUGGUCCGCGUCAGCAGCAGCAGCAGCAGCAGCAGCAGCUGCUGCGGCGAGGGGGGCGGGGGCGGCGGCAGCGCGGAAGUUGAAGACCUUUUGGCUGCUCGGCAGUGGAUGAGGGCGUGCCUCCAGUACGCCGCGCUCCAUGCGCGCGGCAUGGAUGCCGGGGAGCUCAUCGGCCAGGUGAUGUGGGCGGCCGGCCAGCUGGGCGGCGCGGCGGGCGCGCCAGUGGCGCCGGAGGCGGCCGUGCGGUCGCUGGUGGAGCGCGCCGCGGCGCUCGUGGCCACGCGCGGCGGGGCCGAGGCGGCGGCGGGGCACCUGGGCGUUCUGCUGCUCAGCAUGGGGCAGAUGGGGCUGCCGCCGCCGGACGAGGCCUGGCAGCGCGGCGCGUGGCGUGCGGCGGCGCGGCAGCUGGCGCACCUGACCGGCCCGCGCCUGUGCAACUUCCUGUCUGGCGCGGCCGCGCUGCACAUGGCACCGCCGCCGCCGCGGCUGCAGGAGCGGCUGCUGCAGGCCGCGGCGGCCGCGGCCGAGGGCGGCGACCCCAGGACCUGCGCUCGCAUCGCAUACUGCGUAGCGGCGCUUGGGUGGCGGCCAGAGAAGCGGUGGCUCGUGAGGUUUGCCGCGGCCAGCCGGCCGCUGCUGGCUGACUUUGAGCCUCGUGACCUGGCAAACUGCAUCUGGGCGGCGGCGACCAUCGGGGGCUGGCCAGAUGAUAGGUGGCUCGAGUGGUUCCUCGUGGAAUCUUCCCAGAAGCUGCCGCGCUUCCAGACCCGCGAGAUCGCCAACACGCUGUGGGCGCUUGCCUCUCUCGACCACCGCCCUUCGGAGCCUUGGAUGGAGCGGCUUCUCGGCAGCUGCGCGCCCCGCCUCCCCGACUUCCAGGCGCGGGAGCUCUCGGCGGUCAUCUGGGCGCUGGCGCGUCUGAACUAUCACCCGGGCGACGCCUGGCUCAGCAGCUUCCUGGCAGCUUCCCACCAUGUUCUGCCCAGCUUCCGGGCGUCCGAGCUGGCCGCCAUAGCGCGCGCGCUGUGCAAGCUGAACGCCGCGCCGGGCGCCGCCUGGGUCGCGGCUCUGGCGGCGGCGGUCGAGGCGCGGUUUGCCGGGUUCGACUCGGCCGGGGCCCUCACCGCGGUCGCCUCUUUGCGCACGCUCAGCGCAACCGCGGCCGCCGGGGCGGCCGCGGCGCCUGCAGCUGCGCUGUUGCCUGAGCCGCGCGUGGUCGUCAUGCACAGCGGCGCUUACUGGGCAGGUGGGGCGGGCGAGGCGCCGGAGCAGUGGGAUAUGCCGCGCGCAGAGCAGCAGCAGCAGUUGGGCCUAGAUGAUGCAUUCAGCCCGGAUUUCGAGGCCAGCGUGUCGCCGCUGUCGUGGGUCGAGGCGUUUAUGGCAGAGGUCCACGGCAUGGCGGCGCUGAUGACGCUGAUGCCGGACUGGAUGCAGUGGCGCCUGCGCCAGUGGCCGCGCGCAUGGGCGGCGCGGCGGCUGGCGCUUGAGACGGGCCACGGUGGGGGCGGCGGAGAGAUGGGUGGGAGACGGCAGCAGCAGCUGAGCUGCUGA